CGUUUCACCCCCAGGUGGGCGUGUCCCUCUGCUCGCCCCGCCCCUUUCCUUCCCUGUUUCCUCGUGUCUCGCCCCUGAUUGGCUGAGCAGCCAUUAUGGGCGUGGCUUAAAACCCCGCCUCCUUUUCCCGCUCUCCCGCCGGCGCCACUCGGUUUCCCGCCAUGGCGCGCCCCGCUCCGUUUCCCGCGCUCCUCCUCCUCUUGUUUCCCGCGCUCCGCCCCGCCGCUGCCGCCCCCCCCAACGCCUCCAGGCCGGUGUUUCUGUGUGGGGGGGAGCACGGCGGGGACUCGGGUUAUAUCGGCAGCGAGGGGUUCCCGCGCCAUUACCCGCCCCACAGCAACUGCACGUGGAGCAUCACGGUACGAACAGCGACACCCGGCGGCGGGGCGGGGAACUGCAACACACACAUAUAGACACAUAUAGACACA